CGGGGACUAACAAUAUUAAUUUUGACAUAUUUUGCUGAACCCUUACUCUCAGCCACUCUAGCCAUUCGUUUUGCAUUCCAAAUUCAUCAGCGCAAGUUACAGCGGGCAGAGCAAUGGCAACCAUCUCAGCCAGCACCCCAACCACGUCCAUCGCCCGCCCAGGUCUGGUUCACAAGCGACCUGUCGGGGUUUCUGCCUCUCCUGUUCUCGGGUUGCCGGCAAUUGCUAAGGUGGGAAGAGUAAGAUGCUCCAUGGAGGAGAGGAAGCCCUGUGAGUCAAACUUGGGGAUGGGGGCAUCUUUGAUGGCGGCCGCGAGCGCUGCAGUGAUGGCGAGCCCGGCCAUGGCUUUGGUGGAUGAGAGGAUGAGCACCGAAGGAACGGGGCUUCCCUUUGGCCUCAGCAACAACGUUCUAGGUUGGAUCCUCUUCGCCGUCUUCGGUCUCAUUUGGGCUCUCUACUUCGUCUACGUUGGGGAUCUUGAAGAAGAUGAGGAAUCCGGAUUAUCCCUCUAAAUUUCCGUUUGAUGCCUUGUAGAAAUUCCGGAAAUUGAGUCCCUUUAUGUUGUGUUAAAUCAACCUUAUCAAUCUAUUCUCAGGCAUCAAUUUCUCAUCUUUGAACUCCAAGAUCAUUUCUUCAUUAUUGCUUCCCUGUUAA